AAGAAAGAGAACCAUUUGAUGGAAGAAAAGAGAAAGAAAAAGCAAGAAGAAAAGAUCAAGAAGGACGUCGCUCAGAAAACGGCUACGGAACAGAAACCCAAAGCAGAAUCACUCACAAGCUGCUGACAAGAGAGGCCAUUUGAUGCCUUUGGACCUUCCCUCCCCCAUUUCAUCUUCGCUUUCCUCCCCCACAUAGUGACAUGCUUGUUGUCAAAAGUCUGGCAGAUUAUUAAUAACAUGUGGCUGAGCUGCCAUGAGUGACAGUUCUGCUGUGCUCUGAGGCCAAGAUGUUUGCAUACAUGUUUAUGCGGGUCAAAGGCUGUGAUUGUGUUUGCAUCAAGGACCCUUUUCACUCUUAGCAUAAGCAAAAAAUAUCAUUGGUCAAUUUCGAUUAAGUUGCAGCAUUUUUCUCAUAAAAGACAGCAGUUGUACCACAAGGUACCUGCCCUCAGACGUUAUUUUUUUACCGCAAAAUGUUGUCACGUUUUAAUGUCAUGACAUCUUGUGACACCUCUGUAUAUAGUAAAUCAAAUUUUUGUACUGGUCACAGUAUUAUUGUACAGCAUUUAUGGAUGCCAAGUGGGUUACAUCGUGGUUGUCUUUUCUAGUUAGCCGGGUAUCUGUGGCGUCUGAAAAAGUCUACAAUCCGAUAAUUUGAAUUUAAGGUCUUAAAAUGGGUCUUGUAAAAGUUGUAUUCUUUAUAAUCAUAAAGUUUUUAAAUUUGACUUGUUGAAACUUGCAUCAACCCUAAAUUAGUCCUUUCCUAUUAAUGAACAUAGUCUUAUUUUUUAAUGGGAAUAUAAUCUUACAGUAUUAUUAACUCGUCACAUAUUUUUAUAUAUUGGCUAUAAACAAGCUCUUUGUGCUCUUUACUCUGUCGUAGUCUAAAAAUUAGCUUAGUUUCACUGUUUACAUUUUUGCAAUUGUAUGCAUGUUGUGUACACAAACCAAAUAAGCCCUCUUAACAGUAGCUCCCACUCCUACCACAUACAAGAGAUAAACAACCAUGACCCAUGAGAGAGAAAGGGGAGCCUGGCAUUGGGAUAAGAUGGGGGUGCGGAGGGGGGCACUAAUUAGAUGGAGAAGAUGGAGAGGAGGCAUGGUAUGAGAGAAGGUCACAUGAGGCCACAAGAGGCAAAUGGAGGUGCGGGGAGGCAACAGACAGUCUCUAUGGUAACUGCCUUUUAUAUAGAAAGGGUGAGGGGUGAGAAUGUUUUUGCUGUAAUGUGGUGUGAGUGUGUUAGGGAGUUUUUCCCUAUCAAUACAAGCAGAUGGGACCUAAGAGAGACUCCCACCGCCAUGUAGUCUAUAAACUCACAACAUAUAAAAUGAAAUAGUAAAUACAAAACAAGCGAUUACUACAUACAAUAUGCAGUAUAAUAGAACAAAUGUGGUUUAACCUUCAUUUAAAGAGGCGAUUUAAUAGCGCUGUUAAACAUACGUUAGACUGGAACCAUUCAGUAGUUUUUAUUUUAACCAGCUGCAUUACUGUAAAAUGCCCAGCAUUUAUAACAUUAUGUACAUCAAUAUAAACCCCUCUUUACAUUAUCUCUUCUUGGCUUGGGGGGAUGGCACCAUUGUGUAGGGCGUAUAGGCCCGUACGUGCUGUCCAUCCCCCACUACUACAAACAUGGCUGCAUAAUGAAGUGAUUCUGCAGACAAUAGACAGAAGAGCGAUGGGAACCUGCACUGCCUGGCACACUAGACUUCAGUGACUCUGUGCCACACAGUGCCAUGUAUGCUUGUCUUUUUGUCCUCCAUAUUAACUUGCUCUAAAGCUGCCCAGCUCUCCAUUGACCAUUUAGCAUGGACAAGGGGUUUCUGCACAUCCUCAGCUUCAUUAGAUUGUUCGUCACUAUCAGGCAUUCCUAAAUAAAUAUGCACAUUUACUCCCUUCAAAGAGUCUAGUUGUUUGCUUUGUCUGUAUCAUACGAUAAUAAUACGAUAAUCCCAUUUUAUUCUUUGGACUAAACAUGUUUAUCUCUGAAGCUCCCAGUUAAACUGCAAAUUCCUUUAAUCCCUUCAUUCAUAUAAUACAGUCUUUUGUGCUGCAUUUGUUAUAAUACAGGCUGAUAUUAGUAGCACACCAAAAGCUGUGCGGCUUCAUGAUUUAUUAAAGCGUAAUUUAUGAUUUGAGCCAUGCGCUGCCCACAGAGCAUGAAUAUUGCUGUUGCUAAAUAAAUAAGACAUUGACCCAAAUCAACAAAGGGAGUGUAGCAAAGCACACCUGUAAUCUUUGAGGUCUCGUAUCCUCCAUCCACAGAGAGGCUGAACUAGCUGCUUUUGUUCAAUCAGAUGCAAUACGCUUGUAACCACUUUAAUUUAGUGUUCGAAUCUCAUUCCCUUUCACUGGCAGUAAGUGUAAUGAGCAUACUCUUCACAUUGCACAUUUAAUCUUUCAUAGGCAUGCUCUUAUCUGAGGGAUUUCCCUACGAGUCUACUUUUUUGUGUGGUCUUUUUAUGUGAAGAUCAACCUCUUUAAAGAACUUGCCCACCUCUCAUGAAUUAAGAAAAGAUCUGUCUCCCUCAAAAUUAAAAGCACGUCUUGGUUAAUAUAUUUCUGUUUGAUCAGGGCAAAAGGGGGCUAUUUCUGUCACAGGUACUGUUUAUUCACUUAACAUAUUCGGGCUACUUAAAUUCCACAAAGGAGCUUACCUUCACAAAGACACUUACACACCAGGCGAGUUAUAUUGGGGGUUUUAUCACAUUAUAGUUAAUAUAAAUUAUACAUUCUUAUAUCCCCUAGUCGAACGCAAAGCCUGAUGUGUUAAAUAAAAUUCAUGGCUUUAUUCCUGAGAAAAAUCAACCCAUGAAAACAGCAUUGUAAAAGGCAUAUAAACACAAUAUACAUCACCAUGUCUUGCAGCUCUGCAGUCUUGUGUAGGUAUAUCACAGUACAACUCCCAUCAUCAUCAAUGUUAUACUUUAUAACUUCUAGAAGUGCGUCAAAACGACUACUACUACAAAACCUUGCCAAAGCGCUCAUGAUUGUCCCCACACUGUUAAAACAGGUACAGUACAUCUAUCAUACUCUAGCGGCAAGUUGGGAAGACUUAGCAGGGUGUGCUGCGUGUGACCCUGCGAUCCAUGAUGGGGUCUAAUUUUUUUGUCAGGGGGCGCAUUCUCGGGGACGGGCAAUAGAAACUGUGAAUGUAAGUGCCAGUCUCCUUUCAAAUAGAUACCUCCUUCAAAUAAACACCUGGAGCAGAGUAAAUAAACGUCCCUUUUACCAGUUUCCAGUUUACCCAAUUAUGUUUUUUAAUACCUAUUCAUGAAAUAAAAAAAUUCCUGCAAGACUAGGAGACACCAUACUCCUCUUGCUCCUCGUUGUGAUUCACAGGCUACUGCACUGUGGGAGGGGUUCAGGGUCGGCGUGAGUCCAACAUGAUAACAAGGUUUGAAAUGUUUCAGUCCUCAAAAAGGUUGCGUGGUUUCUUGUUUUGUCACUGCAGUCUCCUGCACCACACAGCAGUGGGCGGGAUCAGGAUGGAUGAAGGCUCAGAGGGCUGAGACAGAAAUAAUGGAGAGAGAGAGAGCGAGAGCAGUGCCAGAGCCUGCUCCCACUUACCCCAGUCCCGGCACACCCCAUCACCUCCACCCUGCCAGCCCAAAGCUGCCCCUCUCCUCCUCAUUUUCUUCUGGCAAUGACCAGCGCAACUCUUCCAGUAGCCAGCUCCAGAGUUCGACUCCCCCUCAGCCGCAGUGCCAGUUGUCAUCUGCCGGUGCUCGCUACCCGCCAAGAGAGGUGCCCCCUCGCUUCCGCCAGCAGGAGCACAAGCAGCUACUGAAGAGAGGCCAGCCUUUACCAGCAGGAGCCUUCAGUGAUCUCUCACACUCCUCCUCCUCUUUUUCAUCCUUGUCACCUUCAUUACCUUACUCACCUUCUACGAGUACCAGCAUCACUACCCCACACUCUACAGAGGGCACUGCGGGCAAACAACAGCCAGCCAUAUCCCCCCAGAGUGGUUCUGCUGCCCAGAUUUACCAUUCGGGAGCCUCCUUGCAAGCUGACAACAUUUUCGGUGCCAACAGCUGGAACAAAGGGAUUAUUGACGGAAGUGACACUGAAGCUUGGCCCUCCAUUAGCCACAGCAGUGACCCCAGCCAACCUGCAGCACCAGAAUGCCCCUUGGGCUCAGCUAGCUUCAGCACAGACGACGUCAGCGGUGUCACUACCACCAGUAGUACUUUUCUGAGUAUGGCCACAAGUGCCACAGGCCAGCCGGCCCACUACACAGCUCUCAAAUCUAACAAUAACAUGAUGACAGGACCCGGGUCAGCCAACACGUUAUCUAGUAACAGAGGUUGGGGGUCAGAUGCCAAACAAGAUGGAAUGAAUGGCGGGCGAGUAGCAACGCCAAAUCACUGGGGCUCACCCGGUUUUAAUUUGAAUCUCAAUCCCAGUGCAAACCCAUCAGCCUGGCCUGUUCUCGGUCACGAGGGUAUUAUUGGAUCUAAUGGAGUGUCCACGUCAUCUCACCCACCAGGCAAUGGGAAUGGAAACCUGGGGAACGGGAGCAUUGGAGGUGCAAGUGCUUGUGGUGGAGGUUGGGUUAGCAUGGUUGGUGCCAAUGAAAAUGAACAACAGCGCACCUCAACCAAUACAAGCUUGUCCUUCAAUAUGGAAACUAACCGAAACACUGAUGGACCAAACCACAGCAAGCAGCAAGCUCAGGAGCCCAUGAGCCCUAUCCAUGGAUUAACUGGCUGGGGAGGGCAGUCACCUACUGAAUCAUCCCAACUUAAUGGAGACACAACAGGCAGCUCUGUGUGGAGCAGUGCAGAAACCAAGGCAGCUGACUCCCCGAAGGACUCUGGCUGGGACGCAACUUCCUCUGCUAGCCUCUCUGCCUUGGGCCGCCAAGGUAGCGGUGGAGGGAGUAAUGGAAGCGGUGGCUGGGGAGACUGGGGAAAAUCCUCAGGAAGCGGAGAUGCGUCGAAAGCUUGGGACUCUGUUGAUGCCGCCAGCUCAGGUUCGGGUCAAGAGCAACAACUUGGCACAUGGGGCAAACAGUGUGAAACUGCCCCCGCAAGCGAGGGUAGUGGGGACAGCAGAGAUGGCCGAUCUCACCACAGAGAGAGGUCCACAAGCAUGGAUUGUACCCCUCUGUUACCACGACAGGACUUGGACCCAAGAGUACUAAGUAACACAGGUUGGGGACAGACUCCCAUUCGACAGCACACAGUGUGGGAGAUGGAGGAGGCAAACUCUGAUGAUGGGAAAAGCAACAGCAGCUCAGACACAUUUGAAGGUUCCAGCUCUAAUAGUGGUCCUCCUUCUACCAAUGGAGGUACCAUCAACUCCAACAUUGGUGGUACCAAUCAGAGGCAUGGAUCUGAAGGAAAACGUGAAAGCGAUGGGCCAUCAGGUUGGGGAGCCCCGACAACUGGAUCUGGAUGGGCUGAUCCCCCACAGUCUCUGAACGAAGGAGCUAAUGGGACCACCAGUGGCUGGGGAGACUCCAUGCCUACCAGUGGACCUAAAAAUGUAAGCAUGACAUCUUGGGGCUCUGAAGACAAGUCACCUAAUUGGGACAGUGCCAUGACAAAAAAACAGUCCAGUAAUUGGGGGGAGGGCCCACGGAGCUCCCGUGGUUGGGGCACCAGUAACGGGGGCUCCCACUGCUCCAACCCCAGGGAUUGGGGAGAACCCGAGAUCAAGAAUAAUGCGUCCCCCAGCAGCAUGUGGGAAGGUGAGGGAGGAAAUGUGGGUAAUGGUGGGUGGAAGGAUAGCACUAGAGGAGGAAACAGAGGAGGUGUUAAGCUGACUUCCUCUGUGAGCAGCAGCACUUGGGGAGAGACCGCACGAGCAAAUGGCCCGGUGCAGGGCACCUGGGGCUCCUCUAAGCCCAAUGAAAGCAGCAGCAGCAGCAGUAGCACUGGUAGUGGAGGAGGAGGUAGCAUUGGGUCUUGGGGAGGUCCUGGUUCUGUGAAACAGAACACUUCCAACUGGAGCAAUGUUAGCAAACAAGACCAGUGCUUGGAGACCACUGGUUGGGAGGAGCCCUCCCCUCCCUCUGUCCGCAGAAAGGUGGAGAUUGAUGAUGGAACGUCUACCUGGGGUGAUCCUAGCGCAUACAACAAGACUGUCAACAUGUGGGAUCGCAAUAAUCCUACUGGUAACCAAGGAAACAGUGGCCCACCCCCCAUUAAGAAUGGCGGUAUAAUCACACCUAAUAAUAACAACAACAAUCAUUCUGGAAGUCCUGGCAACAACAAUCACCACCACGGCCAUCCAAUGCACCACCAUCCUCACCAUGGCAACGCACCAAGCCAUUUGCAACACCACGGAAACAACUAUGGGUCACCCAACAAUUGUGCCCUGCACCCUGGUUCAGGCCCCCACGGUAGACCUCCUCUUGCUAACCCAGGCUGGGGAGAGCUUCCUAAUGUACAGCCCAAAUCAGAGCCGGCUUGGGGAGAGCCAGCCGCUCCAACAUCUGCUGUGGACAACGGCACCUCCGCUUGGGGUAAGCCUCCAGGGGGAGUCGGAGGAUGGGGCGAUGGUGGCCAUGAACCCUCUGGACCCUAUGGCAGGGCCAACGGACCCUCCUGCUCUGCACCCUGCAAGCCUGUGCCCAAACCUAUGCAAGACACUUGGGGAAGUGGAGGGGAGGAAAUGGGCAUUACUACAAACCAGUGGGACACUGAAGAUGGGGACAUGUGGAGCAGCCCCACCUCACAGGAGAGCAGUUCUUCUUGCAAUUCCUGGGGCAAUGGACCCAAGAAAGGCCCGAGCAAGGUCAAGAUGAGUAACAAGCCGGAUGAGACGUGGCUCAUGAACCGUCUCAUCAAACAGCUCACUGACAUGGGCUUUCCGAGAGACCCUGCUGAGGAGGCUUUGAAGAGCAACAACAUGAAUCUUGACCAGGCCAUGAGCGCUCUCUUGGAGAAGAAGACUGACCUGGACAAGCGUAGUAUCGGCAUGUCUGAUUACGGCAACGGCCUGAACAAACCUCUGGUGUGUCGACCAUCUGUGCUCACUAAAGAUCCCUCAGACCGCACUGCCUUUCUUGACAAGGAUGGCGUUCUGUCCGAUGAUGCCCCACCAUCACCGUUUCUGCCUUCCCCCAGCCUGAAGCUCCCCCUGGCCAGCAGUAGCCUUCCUGGGCAGGGUCUGGGACCAGGCAACUCGGGGCUGGCAAUGCAAAACUUGAACAACAGACAGAUACCCAGUGGAAUGUUUGGCAGCAGCGGGGCAGCACAAAGCCGGGCCAUGCAGCAGCCUCCUCAGCCACCAGUGCCACCUCUGAGCUCCUCCCAGCCUAGUCUACGUGCUCAAGUGCCUCAGUUUCUCUCCCCUCAGGUCCAAGCACAGCUCUUGCAGUUUGCAGCAAAAAACAUUGGUCUGAACCCUGCACUUUUAACCUCACCAAUAAACCCUCAACAAAUGACCCUGUUGUAUCAACUUCAGCAACUGCAAAUGGCAUACCAGCGUUUACAAAUCCAGCAGCAGAUGAUGCAGGCGCAACGCAGUGUUUCCGGCCCCAUUCGUCAACAAGAGCAGCAAGUCGCACGCACAAUCACCAACAUGCAGCAGCAGAUCCAGCAGCACCAGCGUCAGCUCUACCAGGCGCUGCUGAUGAAGCAGCAGCAACUUCCCUCUCAUUCUGCCUCCUUCUCUUCUUCUUCCGCUGGUCUGCACGGCCCCACCGGAGGGCCCGGAUCUGGCAAAUCAACCCUGGACCCUUUCACGGGCCCACAUCAGGCCCCGGGCCUGGCCGACACACUGCACACCAAAGAGCCGCUGUCCUCGCCUAACGCCUACAGCACCUACCCUCUUUCUGGACUGAAUCCAAACAUGAAUGUAAACUGCAUUGAGGUCGGGGGUCUUUCCCUGAAAGAACCCCCUCAGCCCCAGUCCCGCUUGUCCCAAUGGACACACUCCAACGCCAUGGACAACCUCGGUGGCAACACCUCAAACUUGGAGAACAACCUCAACAAACACGGUGCCAUAUCUGCUGCCUCCACUCUGGGCCCCCCUGGGAAGCCCCCCCAAUUGGAGGACUCCUAUAGUCCAUACAGUCUGAUGUCCAACUCAGAGUCGCCUGCCAGCCCCUUGGUGCCUCCAGACAGCUGGGGCCAAGGGAAGAACCCCAAUGAAAAGAUGACCAACGGGACCAACAUUAACUGGCCCCCAGAAUUCUGCCCAGGUGUGCCAUGGAAAGGCCUUCAGAACAUUGACCCUGAGAAUGACCCUAACAUGACCCCUGGCAGCGUCCCCAGCGGUCCCACUAUCAACACCAACAUCCAUGAUGUCAACAGAUACCUGCUGCGUGACAGGAAUGGAGGUAAACUGUCUGAUGUGAAGUCCACCUGGUCUUCAGGGCCCGUCUCCCAGAACCAAGGCUCUCUCACUCAUGAGCUGUGGAAAGUCCCUCAAGGUCCACGUGGCUCCACUGCCCCUUCCCGCCCUCCUCCAGGCCUCACCAACACGAAGCUGCCAUCCUCCACCUGGGGGGGCAACUCCCUCGGCCUGGUCCAAGGCUGGAGUGGCUCCUACUCCUCCGAGGGAACAACCUGGAGUACAGACAGCUCCAACAGGUCUAGCAGCUGGCUGGUGCUCAGGAAUCUCACGCCUCAAAUUGACGGUUCCACUUUGCGGACCCUGUGCAUGCAGCACGGCCCCUUGAUCACAUUCCACCUCAACUUGACCCAAGGGAACGCCGUGGUGCGCUACAGCUCCAAGGACGAGGCUGCCAAGGCCCAGAAGUCUCUGCACAUGUGCGUGCUAGGUAACACCACCAUCCUCGCGGAGUUCGCCGGCGAGGAGGAGGUGAACCGCUUCUUUGCACAAGGUCAGUCGCUGGCCUCAAACAACACCACCAGCUGGCAUGCAAACCCGGGAACCAAUCAGAAUCGAAUGGGCGGGGCAGCGCCAUCCCACUCCAUGGGCCAGUGGAGCAGCAGUGGAGGCGGCGGCGGAGGAGGCAAGUCCAGCGGCGGCGACCUUCUUUGGGGAGGGGUCCCCCAGUACUCAAGUCUGUGGGGGCCUCCAAGCGGAGAUGAUGCCCGCGUGAUCGGGAGCCCCACCCCAAUUAACACCCUGCUACCUGGAGACCUGCUGAGUGGGGAGUCCAUGUAGGAGGAUGCCACAGCCCACCUCCACUAACCACACGCAGUGUGGAGGGGGGGCUCAUACGAACAGGAGCAAAAACCCAAGCAAAUCAUGUGGAGAUAAUCAGCACCAUUUUGGAACUUUGUGGAACUGUGAAUUGGGAAGCAGAAGGCUGAGGGUUCCCCCACAUAGACCAUAGACCUCAGUCUUUAUUUUUGCAACAUGAAAAACAAAUAAACGGACGUAAAACAAAGAAACCAUUUUUUUAGGAGAAGCAAUCAAAGCUGCCAUCUACCUUUCCCUCCAUGAAGAAUGAAAAUCAUCCCAAACAAAGCGAGCAUUCCCAGCAUGCACCAUGGCCAAUGACGUGGUUGGAUGACCUUUACUAGUUACCUUUCUUUCUCAGCACUAAUUAGCCUUAAGUGCUCUCCGGCCCAGGUCCUUCCCUAGCCGCCUUUCCUUUUCUUUGUGGACUUUGUGAAGUAUGUGAUGGAAUCUUGCACAGUUUGACCUCUGGAGCCAGCUUGAGCGACGUGAUGCGACGCGACGCGCCUGGUGACCAACUCUCUUUUAACUGUGGCCCCCACCCCCCCACGCCGGUCCUCGGAUUGUUCAGUUUGUCUUGUGGACGCCGCUGACAGCUGUCCAUUGUUGAUGUCUGUCCCUAUUUAUAAGCUCUGUGCACGACUGAGUAGAGUGGCGCAAAAUCACUGACAAGAUUGGUCACCUCCAGUUCUUACUGGUGCUUUGUUGACUUUUUCUACUCCUCUUCAGGCCGACCAUGACUGGAUUGGUGGCGGAGGAGGACGCAAUUCCACCUUUGACGUGACGGUUUACAUUGUGCAAUAUACACCGGAGAACUUUCUGGCCGUCCACACGCAGCUGGUUGUUUUUCUGUGUAUUCGAUUGUUAUUGGAACUUGAAAAGACCUUAUCCCCCAAAACUUGGAUUCCCUUCAGAGCCCCCCCGCCCCCCCCCCCCCCCCCCCUUCCCAGUUGGGAAAUCCGUGCAAAGAGGAAGACGCUUCCUCUGUGUGUGCCGCACCCAACACAGACUUGAUUGGACGCCUCUGGGUAUCUGGUACCAUACCAAAUAAAAGGGCAGGGGAGCGAGUGUUGGUUCUCCUAAUGCAGUAGACCUUCCGAGUGUCCCUCGGUUCUGGAUCAACACAGGAAAGACCUUUUGAAAGGGUUUUUAUCAUAGCACUUAUGAGGAGCUACUGGCUUCAAUCCAAUAAAUCAAGACAGCUCUUCUUGGACAAGGGGAACACAAGGGAACUGUCACCCAUGAACAAUAUCAAAGUGAAUAUCACUGUUACUCCAAAUGUUUCAAAGCCUUGCUCUCUUUGGAGACCGGCGGUGUCUCGGCAAGCAGCGGGGCCGGGGGAAGGGGGCGCGGGAGUCAGGAAGUCCACUGAGUGCCUCUCUACUGUGGUCCACGCCUGUCCUCUUUUGUGCCACAUUGGUUCCCCGCAGCAGCAGCAGCAGCACUUCCUCUACCGGGCUCAGUCUGGCAAUAACCACCGCCCACCUGCCUCUGCUGUGGCCACGCCCAUCUUCCCCCCCGACUCGCCAAUUCUUAAAAACACAAAAAUCACUUUAGCUGGAAGAUUUAAUAGUCAUAUUUCUGGAUUGAUUUUUUUGUUUCAUUGUGUUGUUGUGUUGACAUGCUACAUGCUGACGUAGCCCUUCACUGUUCAUAUGCAGAAAACACUCGUGCGCUCGUGCUGUGUAUUGAAUGCAACACUAGGAUCAAUACUACAGACUUUUAUUGAUUGUGUUCUCUACUCCUUCCAGUCCAGGUUGUUUCAUGUUGUCUUUGUUUUGGUCCAAGCUGCUCCCAUUGCCUAGCUGCUACGCUAUCACCCCGCCCCUACCAGCCACAUCCUGUAGCCCCCAAACCCCCCCCCCCUCCUGUGGGCCCUUGUACCAGUUUCUAUGCAAAAGACGAGAGGCCCUUUUUACAAGCACCCCCCUCACCCCCACCCCCACUGUGCACUUCACGAUGGCCACCAUUUCUCCAAAACACUGUCGCUAACUUUUUAGUCGGAACACUUUAUCGACGACACUCGUGUCCAAGCUUGAUCUCAGGGUCGGGAGGGGGAGGGCGGGGGGGCAGACGCCACCGCAAUGAUGCAGCUCUCCACGCCUGUCUUUUGUUUCUACUGUGAGAGCGCCGUCUUUACAAUGUAUACUCACACACCUCACUUAUUCCUGGCAUACAGAAGAAGCCAAUGUACUGUGCCAACUUCAACAAGCUGUGUCGUACAGAGAGCACUUGUGUCCGAGGGGGGACGGGGGGGUGGGGUAUCACACCCUGAAAUGACUGACUUUUUUUGUGUGUGUGUUUUUUUUUUUAUGCUUUUGUGGGACAAACCUAACCUAGCAUUGGACGGGUGAGGUUCCAGUUUGCUACAGUGCACAGUUGAUGGGUAAUCCCGGGUACAUAUUUUUUUAAAACCAAAAAAAAAAAACUGAAAAAAAUAACAUUAACAUCAUUUUUAUGAAGCUUGACAUUUAAAAAAAAAUAAUCUUAAAAAAAUGUAAAUGGCAGAAAAAAACUUGUCUGAUAUGUUAAAGCUCUGCACUUCUAUCUGAAAGGUCUCUGGUGGGAAGUGUCUACUAACCCCAUGAAGAAGUAGACCAGCGACCAGGCUGCCUUUUCCUUUCAUCCAUCUCAUUUUUACGUUGAUGUCCUGCUCAAAGCCGGCCCACUCAUAUGAACUGUACAUUUCCACACAGCCAAAAAUGGCUCAUGGGGGGGCCCACUGUAUCAGCCUCACUCACAGGGCAACCAGUUGGUGUACAAAGUCUUAAAAAAAAAAAAAAGUCGAAGAAAAAGGGGACAAAGGCUACCUUUUCAGGACUUGCAGUCCUGCAGCACACAAGCAAAAAUCACUAUUGCCUGUUUCUGUAACUGCCUUGAUCCAAGCUCAGACAGACCCAAUAGCCGAGGAGUACCAAGUGGAGAAAGUCAAAAGAGGCUUUCCAAAAAUGCUGCACCAGCACCGAGAGGCUCUCCUCGUCACGCUCACUUCGUAUAGCAGUAUAUCUCCAUAGCAACGCGCCUCGGAUUGUAGCCUCUCAAAUCUUAUCUUUGUCUUUGUUUCAACUCAAGAUGAGCAAUAUGUUUUGUUUACUUUUUUUGCCCCCCCCCUGCUAAUACGCUAAUAUGCGAAGGAAAUGAUGGCGUUGUAAACUGAUACUUGAUGGUAUGAAAGCCGGAGGUUGAAAUUCUGCACAUUUCUUUUUAACAUGAUGCAGUACAUCAAAGCAAUUGUACUGUAAAUGUGGAUUUGUUUUGUUUUAAGCCAGACAUGAUUAAAUCCCCCCCCCCCAAGCUUUCAACAUUUCCUUAAAAAAAAAAUCACAUAUCAAAAAAAAAAAAAAAAAAAAUUGAAUUUACUUGAAUCAAUGGAAUACAGAGGAAGGAGGGUCACACUGGAAGGAAAAACAAAAAGAAAUAAUAAUUUAGUCAAGAGGAAAAUUGAAAUAAAAUUUUAAGGAGCUUACAAUAAAAAUGGUAUAACCUGGCUAGAAAAAUGUUGCAAUCAGGAAAAAGUUGAGUUAAAAAUACCUAAAAUAUAAAAGUAAUAUAUACCGUAUUUUCUGGACUAUAAUUCGCUCCGGAUUAUAAGUCGUACAAGGCCAAAAAUGCAUAAUUAGUUUAAAAUAAAAAAAUAUAUAUAUAUAUAAGUCGCACUGGAGUAUAAGUUGCAUUUUUAAUGGGUAAUUUAUUUUACACACUACUUGACCAAAACAGACAUUACAUCAGUAAGUCAAGUUCUAACAUUAAUAAAAGAAUAGAGAACAGGCUGAAUAGGUGUAAGACAUGCUAACACAAUGGUUAUUCAGCUACACAAAAAAUAAACAUGAACAGAAAAUGUGUCCAGUAUUUAUGGAACAUAACGUUUUAAGUACAGUAACUUUUGUGUUCUGUUGCUAAGGAGUAGGAGAUAUCGGUGCAAAAGUCUAGCAUGCCCUCUUGUGGCUAUCUGUGAAAUUAUUGAAAUUAUAUAUAUACGUAUAUACCGUAUUUUCCGGACUAUAAGUCACCCUUUUUUUUCACAGGCUGUGACUUAUACAGUAAACCUCGGAUAUAUCGGAAAUUCGCUCACAGCGGACAGAUAAAAAAGAACCAAUUUUUCUGUAAUGCAUUUCCAAUAAAAAUUCAUUGCAUAUAUCGGAUUUUUUAUAACGGAUUUCGCCUAUUUCGGACAAAAUCUCCAGUCCCGUUCCAAUGCAUUUCCAUUAAAUUUCCCUCGCAUAUAUCGGAUGGCCGCAUCGUGGCGCUCCGAUUCGCCGAAUCGUGACAGGCCGCUAUACGACGUCAUUUGCAGCGUUUGCAGCGUUGCCUGCGCGUCCAGGUACAUUGGAAACAUAGUCAAGGAAGUGCCUUUUUAUAACGGAUAAAAUCCGAUUUACGCAUAUACCGGAUAUAAAUCCGAUAUAUGCGUAAAACGGACAUUUUCCGGUAUACGCAUAUAACGGAUUUCGCUUAUAUCGCACAAAACCAGUGGGAACAAUUGAAUCCGAUAUAUUCGAGGUUUACUGUACUCCAGAGCGACUUAUAAAUGAAAAAACUGUUUAUGUUACAUAAACACUGGACACUUUUUCUGUUCUUGUUUAUUUUUUGUGUAGCUGAAUAAACAUUGUGUUAGCAUAUCUUACACCUAUUCAGCCUGUUCUCUCUUCUUUUAUUGUUAGAACUUGCCUUCUAAAAGGACGUAAUGUCUGUUUUGGUCAAGUAAUUUGUAAAAUAAAUUUCCCGCAAAAAAUGCAAAUUAUGUAUGUUUUUUUUUUACCUAAUUAUGCAUUUUUGGCCUUGUGUGACUUAUACUCUAGAGCGACUUAUAGGCCAGAAAAUAUAUACAUAUAUAUAUUUUUUUUAAAUUUAUAAGUCGCUCUGGAGUAUAAGUCGCAGGAACAGCCAACCUAUGAAAAAAUAGUGCGAUUUUUAGUCAGGAAAAUACGGUACACAUUUUAAAAACAAGCUAUAAGGGGGAGAAAGUUGACAUUUGUAGGCGAUUCCGAUCUAGAUAAAGGUUGUAUUUUUGUUUGAUGUUUUCUCGUGAUUUAUGAUUUUUUUUUUUUUGGAGGGAGGGGGGGUUAAGAUUGUGACUAUUCUUGAGCCUUGACCGUUUUUUGUGGGAAAAAAAGAUGACUUUAUAGUUGAAUUCUUCUUGGUUUUCUUUGCAGUGUGUCCCUACUGGUCCUUGGUUGGAGCACCAAUAAAGUAAUGUGAAGUCAGUCAUUCUCUGGUCUGACAGCUACGUUGAGAGGAUGGCAAUGUAUUGCAUUAAGUUACAAAUCUUUUGGAAAAAAAAAAAUGCAAGUGUCAUCUAAAAUGUGUGUGUGUGUGUGUGUGUGUGUGUGUGUCAUCUUCUAAUGUUGCACUGAGUGUCUUGUUUCCCUCACUCAGCUAAUGGAAGAUAAAAGUACGGAGGGGAGACGGUGACAAUUCAUGUGUACAUGUUUACUCAAGGACUUAAUGGACUUUUUGUUUUCAUUCUAUCUGUAAAAAAAAAAAAAAAAAAAAAGUUUAUCUACCUUAUAGUGGCUUUUAUUGUGGAAUAAUCCCCAUGCAGGAUUAUCAAUGAGUAUUGCACCAUUUUGUUCCAAUGUAAAAACAACAAAAAAAGUAUAAAACAAAGAAAAAAACGGUGAAAAAUAAAGACAAAGACGUUGGCCGUAGACGGCGUAGAAGGACUGGUGUUCCCCAAUGGAAAAGGAGGUCAUUUCAGAGGUGCCUAUUGUUUGUGUUUUUUCUUCUGCAAAAGCCACCUGUUGUCGUUUACAAGCAUUUCCUUUGUCGGACUUCGGCGCAAAUAGGAAUCUACGACAGGAAUGUUGUAUUUAAUAAAAUAAGUGAAAAUAUCCUCUUCCAUCAAACAUGGACAUGAAAACCUUGCAAAAUGAAGAUUUAUGCUACUUUCAGUACUCUGGGAUUGAUCAGUGUUGUUGUCCUAUUUCAAGUUGUUGACACAUGAUCUCUUUUUGUGUGUGUGUGUGUGUGUGUGUGUGUGUGUGUGUUUGCGGUUAUGUUAGGUCACUAUCUUGCACACUUGUAAAAGAUUCAUGGAUUUUUGUCUCAGGAAGGCCAGGGUUCCAACAUCGCAACUCCUCCAUUUCUUCACAAUGAAGCAACAAGCGCUGAUAGUGUUUUUUUUUUUUUUUCUUGACUUGGAAAGACAACAAGAAAUGUUUUGUAGCAACUGAACAUACAUAUUUACCAAAUAAGACUGAGAAUCAACUUUGAAUUGAAAGAGAAAAGAAAGUGCUUUACAUGUGAAAUCUGAAGUAGACAUUGCUUUACAUUUUCUAAACAUGACAUGAAAAUGCUUUUUUUUUUUUUUUUUUUUGCUUUGUGUGUGUGUGUUCCUGUUCCUAGUUGUCAAUCAUCUCUCUGUGUAAACAGCUGGUUUUUAAAUGGAUCAUGAUCUAUGCACAAAGUGGGAGGGGCAAGUCUUGGGGUUCAGGGUUUGAUGUCGGCUUCUUCAUUUUUUUUGUAUUUGUCGUGCUAACAACAUCCUCAUGUAUGUGUCAUGUUUUAGCAAGCCCUUACAUCACCAUGCUGUGUAACCCUUCUUAACCAAUGAGCGCUUGUCCUUCUGCUAAAGCACUGUGGGUCCUACUGAGAAGAAGCCCAUCAUUUUAAUAAGGCUCGAAGGUUGUUGUUUUUUUUUUUAAGGGGAGGGAAUGGGAGGGUCAUGUGGGUAUUUUGCCUUUGCCUUUACUUUGAAAAGAAAAGAAAAAAAAAAGGAAAAAAAAUGUAUGUAACUGAAAAACAAAGUUGUGGCUUUUAAUGUUGUUCCUUUUCCUCCUCAUAGAAUGUGAUUGUUAAGGACAUGCACCGGAAAAAAAAAAGUUUCCAUGUGGAUUUAUGGAGCUUAUUUCGGAUUAUAUUAAAGUACAAAAUUUCUUGGCUGUUA